AUGACAGGAAUGGACUCAAGGCAAAAUUUCUCAACUAAAGAUGAGUACCGUCCUCACUAUCAGCAAAAUGAAGACCCGUUUGCAUCAAAACUCUCAAAAGAAGCUGACAUAGUAGCUGGAUUUUACUUACUGCUAAUUGGGAUACUGUCAACUUUAGGCAAUGGAUAUGUUAUCUAUAUGUCUACACAACGGAAAAAGAAGCUGAGGCCUGCUGAGAUAAUGACUGUUAAUUUAGCAGUGUGUGACCUGGGAAUUUCAGUGGUAGGAAAGCCUUUCAGCAUAAUUGCCUUCUUUUCCCACCGCUGGAUUUUUGGUUGGAGUGGCUGCCGCUGGUAUGGAUGGGCUGGGUUCUUCUUUGGCAUUGGGAGUCUUAUCACCAUGACAGCAGUUAGCUUGGACAGAUACUUUAAGAUCUGCUAUUUAUCCUAUGGUACCUGGCUAAAGAGACACCAUGCUUUUAUCUGCUUAGGAAUAAUCUGGUCCUAUGCUACAUUUUGGGCAACCAUCCCUUUUGCUGGCUUGGGAAACUACGCUCCUGAGCCAUUUGGAACCUCCUGCACUCUGGACUGGUGGCUGGCUCAGGGUUCCGUGGCUGGACAGGCUUUUAUUCUGAAUAUCCUUUUCUUCUGUCUCUUAUUUCCUACCGCUGUGAUCAUGUUUUCAUAUGUUAAAAUAAUAGCAAAGGUCAAGUCAUCUACCAAAGAAGUAGCUCAUUAUGACACCAGGAUUCAAAACACCCAUGUACUGGAAAUGAAGUUAACUAAGGUGGCGAUGUUGAUCUGUGCAGGAUUUUUAAUUGCUUGGAUCCCAUAUGCUGUAGUCUCAGUGUGGUCAGCAUUUGGAAGACCAGAUUCAGUUCCCAUCAAAGUAUCAGUGAUACCAACCUUGCUUGCAAAAUCAGCAGCUAUGUACAAUCCAGUUAUUUACCAGGUCAUUGGCUGCAAAUCUGCAUGUUGCCGGUCAGGUGAUCUCAAGCCACUGCCAAAGAAGGACACGUUAAAAGAAUCCAGGCUGUACACAAUAUCUGCAGAUAACAAGACUGAAGUAGUUAAUGAAACUCAAGUGGACCAUGUAUGA